CGAUGGAGCUGCUCAGCCUCCCGGGCCUGGUCCUCGCUGCGGCCCUGCUGCUCCUCAUCCUGUAUUUGCGCACCCGGCGCACCAGGCAACCUGGAGAUCCUCCAUUAAUAAAAGGCUGGCUUCCUUAUUUGGGAGUGAGUCUAAAAUUCCAGAAAGAUCCCGUAGGAUUCCUGAAAACUCUUCAAAAUCAAUAUGGUGAUAUUUUCACUCUUCUCAUUGCAGGAAAAUAUAUAACCUUUGUUCUGGACCCUUUCCAGUACCAGUUAUUAUUGAAAUAUCACAGACAACUAAGCUUUCAAAUAUUUGGUAGAAAAUUAGCAGCAAAAGCAUUUUCUGUCAAGAAGUUGCUAGAAAAUGAUGACCUUGGCCGUGACCUUCAUGGUGUCUAUCAAUAUUUGCAAGGCAAACCUUUGGAAACACUCUUGGAAAAUAUACUCCAGAAUGCAAAACAAAUUGUUGAUAUACAUUUAGGAGAAAGCAAAAAUUGGAACACAACUCAAAUAUUAACAUUCUGUAGGUCGGUAAUAUUUGAGCUCACAUUUGCAACCAUAUAUGGAAAAAUUCUUGCUGAUGAUAGCAAAAAAAUAAUCAGUGAGCUAAGAGACGAUUUUGUAAACUUUGAUGACAAGUUCUUAUACAUAACAUCGGACAUACCCAUUGAGUUUAUAGGAAAUGCCAAAGCUAUGCAGAAGAAACUUAUACAAUUUUUUACCUUAGAGAAAUUAACUCACAUACAAGGAUGGUCAGAAAUUGUUCAACAGAGGCAAAAUAUCCUGGAGAAAUACUAUAAUCUUGAGGACACUGAAAUAGGAGCACAUCAUUUUGCCUUUCUCUGGGCCUCUGUGGCAAACACUAUUCCAGCUAUGUUCUGGGCAAUGUAUUAUCUUCUCCGGCACCCAGAAGCUAUGGAAGCACUGCGUGAUGAAAUUGACCAUUUUCUGCAGUCAACAGGUCAAAAGAAAGGGUCUGGAUUUUCCAUCCACCUCAACAGAGAACAAUUGGACAGCCUGGUAUACCUAGAAAGCAUCAUUUUUGAGGUCUUUCGACUGUGUUCACAUUCUGGCACAUUUCGUAUUGUUGAAGAGGAUUUGAUUAUCAGUUCUGACACCAGUGACUGCUGUCUGCGGAAGGGAGAAUUGAUAGCCAUUUUUCCUCCAAUGCUACAUAAUGACCCUGAAGUUUUUGAAGCUCCAGAGGAAUUUAGAUUUGAUCGCUUUGUUGAUGGUGGUAAGAAGAAAACUACCUUUUUCAAAAGAGGGAAGAAGCUGAAAUUCUACAUAAUGCCUUUUGGGUUUGGAGCCAACAAAUGUCCAGGCCGAUUUCUAGCCAUUGCUGAAAUAAAGCUUCUGUUGUUUUUAUUUUUAACAUAUUUUGAUUUUGAAAUACUUGACAACCAACCUCUAAGACAAAACCACAGCCGUUUGUUGUUAGGUAUUCAAUAUCCGGAAUCUGAUGUUUCCUUUAGGUAUAAGGCAAAAGCUUAGAGAAACAGAAAGAGGGAAAUGAAAUCUGCAGGAAUGAGCCUGUCAUAAACUUGCUUAUCUGUUCUUCAUUUCUCCAAAUGUUAUUGGUGUGCAUAUUUGUUUUAGAAGUGCCAAUUUAUAUUUUAUCUGAGGUCAGUCCUAUUUUGUACAUGGUCACAAAACUUAAAGCAGUAUGGCGGCAUUAAAAUGAUCCUCAGAAUCACCUUGAAGUUCAAAAUAGCUUUUGAAAGCUUCCACUUAGUGUGAUUUUUCACUUGGUUUAAUAAGUGCAACUUCUCAGCCAUAAAUUUGGCAAUGGGAGAAUUUUAAGUCACUCAAAUUCUUCUCUAAUAUGUAAAAGUACAUUUUAUGUACCACUGG